UGUUUUGCGUUUACCUGCAAGUAAAAAAUCAGUACUUUCAUUUUUGUUUUUUAACACAAAUAUCUGUACUUACGCCUAUAACUGUGAGUAUUGUGUUGUUUACCAGAAGCGUCUGUGGCCGCUGUCACUUUCGGGAAGUACAAUGACUACAGUACUGUAUGAUGUGGUUCUACUGUCGAAUACUUCACUUUUCAAACUGUAUAGAGUUUGCGGUGGUGGGCGUGGACAAACCACAGACGUCACCGCACCUCUCCCACUAGCCCGGCGGGUCCCCUCAUGUCAGUUGCUUCUCCAUUUGUCCUCAUCUCUAUGCACGCACGGACCUUGGCGCUACGUUUCUCCACGCCGAGGACUGGAAACAUGACCAAGAGGAGCAAUCCGGUGCGAUAGACAGGAUGGCUGCCGACAACAACUUAAUGAAAUGUUCUUGACACCGUUUUGGAAGGCGAGAGAUGUACUUUGGGAUGACGGUGGCACAGUUUUCAAGCGUAAUGGAGCUACCCGACCCCUGCCACAGCAAGCACUACGUCGAUUCCAGGAAGAGUCCCGCGAUCAGUGCCGUCAUGUUCGCCGCGGGCCUCCUGGGCAACGUGGCCGCCCUGGUGAUUCUGGAGAUCCGGCGCCGGCGAGACGCGAAGGCCACAGACGGUCGACGGCGGGUGCUAUUCCACGUCCUCAUCACGUCGCUGGUCGUCACGGACUUGGGCGGAACAUGUCUAGUCAGUCCACUUGUGCAGGUGUCGUACUCUCGCAACAUUACCUUGGAGGGAAUGUCACCCAACACUCACGGAGUGUGCUCCUACUUCGGAUUCAGCAUGACCUUCUUCAGCUUGGCAACCAUGUCUCUUCUCCUAACGAUGGCGCUGGAAAGAUGCUCGGCUAUCGGCUACCCCUACCUGUACACUCGCUACGUCACCAAAAAGCUAGCCUACAUCACAAUUCCCGUGGUGUUUUUAGUGUGUAUUUUAUUCUGUCUCCUCCCUUUUGCGGGAUUUGGAAAAUAUGUACAAUAUUGCCCUGGCACUUGGUGCUUCAUUGACAUGAAUCCAGAGAAGAAGAAAGACCGGGUUUACGCAAACCUCUAUGCCACAGUCAUGUUAGUACUGGUGCUGGCAAUAGUGGUGUGCAACGCCUUUGUGGGUUACCAGUUGCUGCGCAUGUACCAGCGGCGGAGAAGGCACGGCGGCUCAGUCAUGGCGAGCACACGCUCAAACAGUGAACGCAGGCCCCUGUCCAUAGCGGAGGAAGUGGAGCAUCUCAUCCUCUUGGUCUUCAUGACAACCAUCUUCAUCAUCUGCACGCUUCCCCUUGUGAUUCGUGUGUACAUCAACUCGGUUAAGGUUCGCGACGAGUCUCACCCUCUGGACCUGAUCGCCCUCCGUUUCAUCUCGGUCAAUUCCAUCAUUGACCCCUGGGUCUUCAUCCUCCUCUCUCCUGGCGUGCUGCACUUUUGCUGGGCCUCCAUCUGCAGAUCCCGUCGAAGAACUUUAAAGGCUUCUCGGCUCAAAUCCACAGAGGCCAAAGAAAGUCAGGCAAAUGUAGAGCUUUCGUGCCCAGAACUGGAAUACACAGAGUCUUUUCCACCUCUUGAAAAUGUAUGACGCGGAUUUUUGUGUAUGUGUGUCGGUAAUUUGAUAGUUGUAUUUAUUUGAGGUCUUAAAGGUCAGAGUUGGAUCUUCCUGCUAAUCACACAAGGCACAUACGUUUUGAGCGUUAUUUUAUCUAUUCUUGGGGUAGUUUGAGUUUUAUCAGUCGCUGCCACUUCCUUAUCAUGUCCGGGUUGUUUCCAAAGUGCUUUGUGCUCCGAUAUCUUCGUGUGUGUGACUUGUCAAGCUACAAACUUGAGUAUUUUUUUGUUUAAAGGCUAAGUAAGGCUUGUGUGUAGCAGGGCCAGCAUGGAUUUUUUUGUCUGAAUAACAUUUUCAUAACUAAUUAAUUGGCAGAUUAUUUAAAAAAAUACGUAUUUAUAAAAUGAAAAUAUUUUGGUCUCAUAACACAGAACAAUAAAGAGACAGUAUGAAUUACAGGCAAAACAUUUGACUGCUUUGCAAUACUUUGUCCUUGAGUGUUUACAACAUAGAGGAAUAGUGGUAAAAUAUUUCGCUGAGUUUUUUUUAGGAACGUGGGAAAUGUUUGAAUGCCAUUAUCCUUGUUUUAUGAGGGUUUUUUUUUUUCACGGAUUUUAAAAGAUCUAAUAUUGGCUGAUUAAACCGGCUGGCCGAUUAAUUGGUCUGGCCAGUAGUGUGUAGUCUAAUACAAUUAAAACAAGUGUCUCAAGGAUAUUAAAAAGAAAAGCACUUCAUGCAUUCAAUUCCUACUUGUGGAUUUUAUUUCUAUUUUACUGGAGAACUCAUCCAUUUGCCUCAGCUCAGGCCAAAGAAAAUAAAGUAUUACUUUGGCGGCAUCUUGGUAUUUUUAGGUUUGAGCCAUUAGGUUUUGUAUUGACUGCAGUUUAAACAUCCUUGAAUGCAUCUUCUACUUUGCCGUUUAUAUUUUGUCCAACUUUUAUUUGUGUCUAGAGGCCAAAAGCUGAGUUAGGGUUUGUGGAAACUGCUAGUGCACGUAUUUGUUUGUCCAUGAGUCACAUCAAUUUGUGCUAGUGUGUGAUUUAGGCUAGUACGCCAGCUCAUACUAAUGUUUGGUUGGUUUGAAUAUUUGAACCUUUAACUCCAGUUGAACCGUACCAUGAUGAUUGUGUACAUGCUAGCUGCAUUUCUGUGUCAAGUGCUUUGCUGCUAUCUUGGAGCAUCUAUACACAAUUACAAAUUGCCUUUAAGUGAGGGCUGUCAAUCAUUGGCAGAUUUUCCCUAUUCACAAUAGGGUUUGAUCCUUAUUGUUCUCUGUCAUCGGCACACAUCCUCACAACAACACUUAAAUCAUCCUUACCGUGCCGGAUGCGGCCCACAGGCCAGGAGUUUGACGCUUAUUCUAUUUAGGUGUAUGUUCAAGGCUGCUUAAAACAGAUAUUUUUGUUGCUCACUGCUUUAGUGUACAUGCGAUGGAUGUGUGAGUAGUGUGUAUUUGUGUGUUACUGAAUAGCAUAAUCAGUCAUGAUGGUUUAUUUUCUCUCUCUCUGUUUAUUCUCUCUCUUUGUCUCAGAACACAUUCUUUAAAAUUUCAGUUGCUUAUUAUAAUAUAAAUAAUUCCCAAAAGAUAACAUAAAUGAUACACUGUAUUAUAAUAUUAGAUUGUGACGUGGACAUGCUUUCUUUGAAAUCUUAAUCUCAGAAAUUAAUAAUGCUUGAAAACAAUGCUCUGUAUAUGGUGAUGUAACACUGAAGUCAUAUGGCAUGUAACGAUACAAUUACUCACUAGAUGAAACUGAGCUCACUGAGUGUGUCUGUCAUCCAGUAAAUAUUUGGUCCAACCUG